ACAAUAUUGAAGCUUUAAUGAUAUGGUUCCCCGUCUCCUUGCAAGGCUUUGAUAUGUAGUUGAUACCUCUUCCCACGCCCGCCAACUCACUCCGUCUAUGGCUGACCAUGGCCUUGGAGGCUCGACAUACGACGCUGUAGGAGUCCCAACUACGUGCGAAUGGAGGUACAAGCGUCCAUCUCAUACCCUCAUCAGAGAAGAAGCGGCUUUGGUGGAGGAGCGCAGCCAUCAACACUUGCUUCAUCUUGUUAUGGUACGACCUUCUGUUUUUACCCCCAGGCUACGACAGAAUUUUUCGCCUGUAAUUUCAUGUUCUAUAUCUGAACAGCUGACGUCUUGUCUAACCAGGUUCACUUUCGCAACGGUGCUGUCUGUGUAUAAUAAAUGGAUGUUUUCUCUCGACCAUUUCGGUUUCCCUUACCCGUUGUUCGUGACGACCAUCCAUAUGACCAUCCAAUUUCUUCUCGCUGCGGCAUUGCGAUUCAUAUACCCACGACGAUAUCGCCCGGAAACCAGGCCAAAUUUACAAUCCUAUGGCACCAAGGCUGUCCCCGCUGCAAUUUCCACUGGUGUGGAUAUCGGACUUUCGAACGUUUCAUUGAAGACGAUCACUCUUUCAUUCUACACCAUGUGCAAGUCGUCCUCCCUGAUAUUCGUGCUCAUCUUCGCCUUCCUUUUCCGUCUCGAGAAGUUCUCGUUACCCUUGGUUGCGGUAAUCCUCGUCAUAUUUGGAGGUGUAUUGCUAAUGGUCGCCUCUGAGACCUCGUUCGUACUGUCUGGAUUUAUCCUCGUUAUGACUGCAAGUGUAUGCAGUGGUCUUCGGUGGAGUCUUACUCAACUCUUGAUGCGAGACAAGAACAUGGGAAUGGACAGUCCCGCUGCGGCCAUUUUUUGGUUGUCCCCGAUCAUGGGUAUAACUUUGGCUAUCAUUAGUAUACUUUGGGAAGGGUGGGACAGAGUAUUCUCCACCCCCUUCUUUGACGGUUUAGCUUCCACAAUCAAAACGAUAAGCGUGCUUCCUAUGUCAAUAGCAGGAAUAGCCAAGGAGGUCUCGACCAUCACGAUAUCGGCCUGGUUUUUUGGCGACGAACUCACUCCCCUCAAUAUCACUGGCGUGGCUAUUACUACCUGUGGCAUUGCACUCUUUACGUAUCACAAGUACCGAAAGACAGUUGACUCCCACGUUGCAUUAGACACUCUCGGUAACACAAUACGAGCCGAUGACGACAGUAUUUUAAGCCCCGGCCGAGAUUUCGAGCUCAACCCUGCGAGGGUCAAUGCCGUACGGCCUAAGGACCGCCACGAGGACGAUGAGAUACACCAGCAUCUUUUAUUUUCAAGCGAAGAACUUGAGGAAGGCGAGGAAGAUGCCGAAGAACUUCGGAGCGUCAGGACCUCGAAAUUAAUGCAAACUGACGAAAAUGAGAAUGGCCAAGCCGAUGAAGAGAGCCAAGACAUUUGAGAAAGUGUCCCUGUGGACCGACAAUGGUCUGCCAUCGUCUUGGUUGGUUCGCCUCGCCUAUGCAUUUAUUGUUGUCCGCGAGAUAGAAAGGAUACCCCGGUUUCGUUCACUGACAUCUCCGCAUCUGGGUAUGUGUGGUGAACAGGAUCAUGCGUGGGUGAUUUGUUUCGCUGAUCCGAGGAGUGAGCGGGAGCUGCUCCGCUGAGUGUGGAGUCACAGCUCUGUACGAUCGGCAAGGCAGGUGUCAUGGCCCAGAGACGGGUGAUUUCUACUGACACGGUUGAGACUGUGAUGUUCUGAUGUUUUUGCCAGCUGACACCCCGGUCUGCACGAGGGUGACUAUGGAGCGACAUAU